UCCAACUGGAGAAAUGCAGUCAGCUGACAAGCUCCAAGAUGUUGAUGUCAGAUUCUCAAAAAAGGUCAGGCAGAAACCCUGACCUGUGGGACAAAUGGCAAGAGUCACUGGGGGACAUGGAAGAUCUUCCUCGUUUGUGUCACAGCCUCUACCAUCGCCACCGCUGUUGGUGUCAUGGUUAUAGCGUUUAUUUUUAUUGCGCGAUACCCAUCAAGCAGCAACAAUGGGAAUAAUGAAAAUCCAACCAGCCAUCCCACCACUAUCACAUCAACCACACCAAUAACAGCUAUAGAUGAUGACAUCAGUUUUCAAUAUUAUCUUUACCUCUCAAAAAUUAAGUAUGAAACUUUUGAAGGAGGAGGUAUCCGCUGCGCACGAUACAGAAGGAACGACACGGAUUAUACAAGUACAGAAGACAGAAUGUUUGGUGCAACUAUUAACAGACAAAAAUCCAAAAUAUCCAUCUGCAUUUUAUAUAUUCUGCCUGGCGGCUUACGUCUACCUAACUGGAACUUACAGGCGAACAUUCAUGGCUUUGUGUCUCAGGGCACAGUUUGGGUCGGUGUAAUAGGUGAAAUCGGCAGGCCGGCCGUCACAUUUACGGUGACCUGUGGUCAAAUUUUCUUUAUACCCAGGAACAAUAUUUACUGGAUGAAGAAUAUCGGAGACACCAACUCCACGCUGGUGUUGUUUAUCUCAACACACAAGGAAUAUUUCACGGCGGAGGUUGAUGUGUUAUUUUCAGAAACGGAUGAAAACGUACUGACAAGAACUCUACAACCCUUAGGUGGAAUUGAUUUUAUCCAAAGUUUCAGACAUCGCAACAAAUCACAAGUAAUAAAUCUGGUUCCUAACACCUUGGGUCUCACAAGCAGAGAAUAUCCUCAGUCUGACGCCAAGGAGAUCUGGGAGCAUUUCUAUGACCUUGAAGGUGCAACAAAAUUGGUUAAUACUGGAACACAAAUUACAUGGGCUCGUUUCUAUAAGAAUACUACAGGACUAACAGAAGAGGAUAUUAUUUACGGAAAUUCAAUAUUCUCGCAUCCAGAUACUCUGAGCCUAGGAGUACUGACAUUGAAACCGUAUGCUCUUUUGGGUCCAAACUUUCAUUUAAAUGCACAUGAGAUGGGAUAUGUGCUCAGAGGCUGUGGCAAGGUUGGAAUCACUGGUGAACAAGCUGUUGAAAUUAACAUUGGCCCUGGGGAUGUGAUCUACUUUCCUAUUGGAGUCCAGCAUUACAUAAAAAACACCUGUGAAGAUGAUUUUAUUCUGAUCAGAGCUUUCAGCACACCUGGCCAGGUCAACACUUUGUUUCUGGAUUAUUAUUUUCAUGCUAUACCAGUAAUUAUAUUGGCCCAAGUUUUCCAGAAAAAGGAGAGUGAAUUUUUCCAAGUUCCUGCUUACAAUAAUAAUAUCACCUCUGUGUCAUCUUAUGGAAACAUCUGUAAAACACCAACUGGUGAUCGGAGGACAACAUCAGCAAGUACAUCACAAACAACAACAAGUUUCAAUACAACAGUGUCAUCUCCUUCACAAACCCAUCUUGAUUCAACAACUAUCAAUAAAACUACAAUCGCAUCUCCAGCAGAUCAGGCAACUACAGUAGCAUCUACUACAACAUCUACAUCAACUACUGUGACAACCACAGCAACACCCACAACAUCUGCAACAUCUCCAUCAACUACUGUGACAACCACAGCAACACCCACAACAUCUGCAACAUCUCCAUCAACAGAUUUAAACGUUAUAACACGAACAACUUCUACAACAUCACUUUCAACAACUUUAGCCAUAACUACAGCACUAACUACCACUACAUCACGCUCAUCAACUUUAACCACAACUACAACACCCACUACCGCUUUAACAUCACCCUCAACAACUUUAGCUACAAAUACAUCACCCACUAUCACUAAAACAACACCCUCAACAACUUUAGCAACAAAUACAACACACAAUACCACUACAUCAUCCUCAACAACCUCAUCUACAACUACCACACCCAGUGCCACUACAUUACCCUCAACAACUUUAGUAACAACUCCCACUACCACUACAAUAUCACCCUCAACAACUUUAGCUACAUCUACAACAUCCACUAAAACUACAUCACCUUCAACAACUUUAGUCAUAACUACAACACCCACAACUACUAAAACAACACCCUCAGAAAAUAUAGCAAUAACUACAGCACCCGCUACCUCUCUGUAUCCUUCAACUACAAAACUCACAACCAUUACAUCACCCUCAAAAACUUUCGCUACAAUUACAGUGCCCACUACCGCUUUAUUACAUUCAAUAACUUUAACAAACACUACAACACCCACUACCACUACAUCAACAACUUUAGCUACAACUACAACACCCACUACCACUACAAAAUCCUCAACAACUUUAGUUACAACUACAGUGGCCACUACAACUAUAACAACACCGUCAACAACUUUAGCAACAACUGCAGCACCCAUUACUACAACAGCCACACCCUCAACAACUUUAGCAACAACAAAAGCACCCAGUACCACUACAUUACCCUCAACAACUUUAGCAACAACUACAGCACCCACUACCAUUACAUCACCCUCAACAACGUUAGCAACAACUACAGGACCCACUACCACUCUAUUACCUUCAACAACCUUAGCUACAACUACAAUACACACUACCACUACAUCACCCUCAACAACUUUAGAUAGAACUACAACACCCAUUACCACUACAUCACCCUCAACUUUAGCUAUAACUACAACAUCCACUACCACUUUAUUACCUUCAACAACUUUAGAUACAACUACAACACUCACUACCACUACAUCACCCUCAACAACUUUAGCUACAACUACAACACCCACUACAUCACCCUCAGCAACUUUAGUUACAACUAUGGCACCUACUACUACAACUACAACAACAUCAUCAUCAACAACUACAGCACCCACUACCACUCUAUUACCUUCAACAUUUGCUACAACUACAGUGCCUACUACGUCAUCCUCAACAAUUGUAGCUUCAACUACAAUAUCUACUACCAAUACAUCACCCUCAACAACUUUAGCAAAAACUACAACACCCACUACCACUCCAUUACCUUCAACAACAUUAGCUACAACUACAGUGCCCACUACGUCACCCUCAACAAUUGUAGCUACAACUACAUCACCCAUUACCACUACAUCACCCUCAACAAAUUUGGCAACAACUACAACACCCACUACAUCAUCCUCAACAACUUUAUCAAUAACUACAGCACCCACUACCACUACAUCACCCUCAACAACUUCAUCUACAACUACAACAUCCACUACCACUACAUCACCUUCAACAAUUUCAGCUACAACUACAACACCCACUACCACUACAUCACCUUCAACAACUUCAGCAACAACUGCAGCACCCACUACCACUACAACAACAUCAUCAACAACUAUAGCAACAACUACAGCACCCAGUACCACUCUUUUGUCUUCAAUAACAUUAGCUACAACUACAGUGCAUACUACAUCACCCUCAACAACUUUAGCUACAACUACAACACCCACUACCAGUACUACAUCACCUUUAAAAUCUUUAGGAACAACUACAGCACCCACUACUACUACUACAUUACCCUCAACAACUUUAGCAACAACUACAGCUGCCACAACCACUACAACAACACCCUCAACAACUUUAGCUACAACUACAGCACCCACUACCAUUACAUUACCCUCAACAACCUUAGCAACAACUACAGCACCCACUACCACUACAUCAUCCUUAACAACUUUAGCAACAAGUACAGCACCCACUACCAGUACAACACCCUCAACAACUUUAGUAACAACUACAGCAUCCACUUCCACUAUAAAACCAUCCUCAACAACUUUAGCAACAACUACAGCACCCACUACCACUACAUUACCUUCAACAACUUUAGCAACAACUAUAGCAGCCACUACCACUACAUCACCCUCAACAACUUUAGCAACAACUGCAGCAGCCACGACCACUACAACAACACCCUCAACAACUUUAGCUACAACUACAGCACCCAAUAACACUACAUUACCCUCAACAACUUUAGCAAUAACUACAGCAUCCACUACCACUACAACAACAUCCUCAACAACUACAGCACCCACUACCACUAUGUUACCCUCAACAACUUUAGCAAAAACUACAGCAGCUACGACCACUACAACACCCUCAACAAAUUUAGCUACAACUACAGCACCCAAUACCACUACAUUACCCUCAACAACUUUAGCAAUAACUACAGCAGCCACUACCACUACAACAAAAACCUCAACAACUUUAGCAACAACUACAGCACCCAAUACCACUACAAUAACACCCUCAACAACUUUAGCAACAACUACAGCACCCACUGUCACUAUAUUACCAUCAGCAGCUUUAGCAACAACUACAACACCAACCACCACUACAUCACCAUCAACAACUUUAGCAACAUCUACAGCACCCACUACCACUACAAAAUCACCCUCAACAACUUUAGCUACAACUACAGCAUCCACUGCCACUACAACAACAUCCUCAACAACUUUAGCAACAACUACAGCACCCACUACCACUACAUUACCCUCAACAACUUUAGCAACAACUACAGCAGCCACAACCACUACAACAACACCCUCAACAACUUUAGCUACAACUAAAGCACCCACUACCACUACAUUACCCUCAACAACCUUAGCAAUAACUACAGCACCCACUAUCACUACAUCACCCUCAACAACUUUAGCAACAACUACAGCACCUACUACCAGUACAACACCUUCAACAACUUUAGCAACAAGUACAGCACCCACUACCAAUACAACACCCUCAACAACUUUAGCAACAACUACAGCAUCCACUACCACUAUAAAACCAUCCGCAACAACUUUGGCAACAUCUAUAGCACCCACUACCACUACAUUACCCUCAACAACGUUAGCAAAAACUACAGCACCCACUACCACUACAUUACCCUCAACAACUUUAGCAACAGCUACAGCAGCCACAACCACUACAACAACACCCUCAACAACUUUACCUACAACUACAGCACCCACUACAACUACAUUACCCUCAACAACUUUAGCAACAACUACAGCACCCACUACCACUACAUCACCGUUAACAACUUUAGCAACAACUACAGCACCCACUACCAGUACAACACCCUCAACAACUUUAGCAACAAGUACAGCACCCACUACCAGUACAACACCCUCAACAACUUUAGCAACAACUACAGCAUCAGCUACCACUAUAAAACCAUCCUCAACAACUUUAGCAACAACUACAGCACCCACUACCACUACAUUACCCUCAACAACUUUAGCAACAACUACAGCACCCACUACCACUACAUCACCCUUAACAACUUUAGCAACAACUCUAGCACCCACUACCAGUACAACACCCUCAACAACUUUAGCAACAGUUACAGCACCCACUACCAGUACAACACCCUCAACAACUUUAGCAACAACUACAGCAUCCACUACCACUAUAAAACCAUCCUCAACAACUUUAGCAACAACUACAGCACCCACUACCACUACAUUACCCUCAACAACUUUAGCAACAUCUACUGCAGCCACUACCACUACAUCACCCUCAACAAUUGUAGCAACAACUACAGCAGCCACAACCACUACAUUACCCUCAACAACUUUAGCAACAACUACAGCAGCCACAACCACUACAACAACACCCUCAACAACUUUACCUACAACUACAGCACCCACUACCACUACAUUACCCUCAACAAGCUUAGCAACAACUACAGCACCCACUACCACUACAUCACCCUUAACAACUUUAGCAACAACUACAGCACCCACUACCAGUACAACACUCUCAACAUCUUUAGCAACAAGUACAGCACCUAUUACCAGUACAACACCCCCAACAACUUUAGCAACAGCUACAGCAUCCACUACCACUACAACAACAUCCUCAACAACUUUAGCACCCACUAUCACUACAUUACCCUCAACAACCUUAGCAACAACUACAGCACCCACUACCACUACAACACCCUUAGCAACUUUAGCAACAACUACAGCACCCACUACCAGUACAACACCCUCAACAACUUUAGCAACAAGUACAGCACCCACUACCAGUAAAACACCCUCAACAACUUUAGCAGCAACUACAGCACCCACUGCCACUACAUUACCCACAACAACUUUAGUAACAACUACAGCAGCCACAACCACUACAACAACACCCUCAACAACUUUAGCUACAACUACAGCAGCAGCAACCACUACAUCACCCUCAACAACCUUAGCAACAACUACAGCACCCACUACCACUUCAUUACCCUUAACAACUUUAGCAACAAGUACAGCACCCACUUCCACUACAUCACCCUUGACAACUUUAGCAACAACUACAGCACCCACUGCCACUACAUUACCCACAACAACUUUAGUAACAACUACAGCAGCCACAACCACUACAACAACACCCUCAACAACUUUAGCUACAACUACAGCAGCCGCAACCACUACAUUACCCACAACAACUUUAGUAACAACUACAGCAGCCACGACCACUACAACAACACCCUCAACAACUUUAGCAACAACUACAGCACCCAUUACCACUACAUCACCCUCAACAACUUUAGCAACAACUACAGCACCCACUACCACUACAUCACCGUUAACAACUUUAGCAACAACUAAAGCACCCACUACCACUACAUUACCCUCAACAACCUUAGCAAUAACUACAGCACCCACUACCACUACAUCACCCUCAACAACUUUAGCAACAACUACAGCACCUACUACCAGAACAACACCUUCAACAACUUUAGCAACAAGUACAGCACCCACUACCAAUACAACACCCUCAAAAACUUUAGCAACAACUACAGCAUCCACUACCACUAUAAAACCAUCCGCAACAACUUUGGAAACAACUACAGCACCCACUACCACUACUUUACCCUCAACAACUUUAGCAACAACUACAGCAGCCACUACCACCACCACAUCACCCUCAACAACUUUAGCAAAAACUGCAGCACCCACUACCACUACAUUACCCUCAACAACUUUAGCAACAGCUACAGCAGCAACAACCACUACAACAACACCCUCAACAACUUUACCGACAACUAUAGCACCCACUACAACUACAUUACCCUCAAAAACUUUAGCAACAACUACAGCACCCACUACCGCUACAUCACCGUUAACAACUUUAGCAACAACUACAGCACCCACUACCAGUACAACACCCUCAACAACUUUAGCAACAACUACAUCAUCAGCUACCACUAUAAAACCAUCCUCAACAACUUUAGCAACAACUACAGCAGCCACUACCACUACAUUACCCUCAACAAUUGUAGCAACAACUACAGCACCCACUACCACUACAUUACCCUCAACAACUUUAGCAACAACUACAGCACCCACUACCAGUACAACACCCUCAACAACUUUAGCAACAACUACAGCAUCCACUACCACUACAACAACAUCCUCAACAACUUUAGCAACAACUACAGCACCCACUACCACAUUACCCUCAACAACUUUAGCAACAACUACAGCACCCACUACCACUACAUUACCCUCAACAACUUUAUCAACAGCUACAGCAGCCACAACCACUACAACAACACCCUCAACAACUUUACCUACAACUACAGCACCCACUACCACUACAUUACCCUCAACAACUUUAGCAACAACUACAGCACCCACUACCACUACAUCACCAUUAACAACUUUAGCAACAACUACAGCACCCACUACCAGUACAACACCCUCAACAACUUUAGCAACAAGUACAGCACCCACUACCAGUACAACACCCUCAACAACUUUAGCAAGAACAACAGCAUCCACUACAACUAUAAAACCAUCCUCAACAACUUUAGAAACAACUACAGCACCCACUACCACUACAUUACCCUCAACAACUUUAGCAACAACUACAUCAGCCACUACCACUACAUCGCCCUCAACAAUUUUAGCAACAACUACAGCACCCACUACCACUACAUUACCCUUAACAACUUUAGCAACAACUACAGCAGCCACAACCACUACAACAACACCCUCAACAACUUUACCUACAACUACAGCACCCACUACCACUACAUUACCCUCAACAACUUUAGCAACAACUACAGCACCCACUACCAGUACAACACCAUCAACAACUUUAUACAACACCCUCAACAACUUUAGCAACAACUACAACAUCCACUACCACUAUAAAACCAUCCUCAACAACUUUAGCAACAACUACAGCACCCACUACCACUACAUUACCCUCAACAACUUUAGCAACAUCUACAGCAGCCACUACCACUACAUCACCCUCAACAAUUUUAGAAACAACUACAGCACCCACUACCACUACAUUACCCUCAACAACUUUAGCAACAACUACAGCAGCCACAACCACUACAACAACACCCUCAACAACUUUACCUACAACUACAGCACCCACUACCACUACAUUACCCUCAACAAGCUUAGCAACAACUACAGCACCCACUACCACUACAUCAACCUUAACAACUUUAGCAACAACUACAGCACCCACUACCAGUACAACACCCUCAACAUCUUUAGCAACAAGUACAGCACCCAUAUACAGUACAACACCCCCAACAACUUUAGCUACAACUACAGCAUCCACUACCACUACAACAACAUCCUCAACAACUUUAGCAACAACUACAGCACCCACUACCACUACAUUACCCUCAACAACUAUAGCAAUAACUACAGCACCCGCUACCACUACAUUACCCUCAACAACUUUAGCAACAACUACAGCAGCCACAACCACUACAACAACACCCUCAACAACUACAGCACCCACUAUCACUACAUUACCCUCAACAACCUUAGCAACAACUACAGCACACACUACCACUACAUCACCCUUAACAACUUCAGCAACAACUACAGCACCCACUGCCAAUACAUUACCCACAACAACUUUAGCAACAACUACAGCACCCACUACCAGUACAACACCCUCAACAACUUUAGCAACAACAACAACUACAGUACCCUCUACCACUACCUUACCCUCAACAACUUUAGCAACAACUACAGCAGCCACAACCACUACAACAACACCCUCAACAACUACAGUACCCACUACCACUACAUUACCCUCAACAACCUUAGCAACAACUACAGCACCCACUACCACUACAUCACCUUUAACAACUUUAGCAACAACUAUUGCACCCACUGCCAAUACAUUACCCACAACAACUUUAGCAACAACUACAGCACCCACUACCAGUACAACACCCUCAACAACUUUAGCAACAACUACAGCAUCCACUACCACUACAACAACAUCCUCAACAACUUUAGCAACAACUACAGCAGCCGCAACCACUACAUUACCCUCAACAACUUUAGCAACAACUACAGCACCCACUACCACUUCAUUUCCCUUAACAACUUUACAACAACUACAGCACCCAUUACCACUACAUUACCCUUAGCAACUUUAGCAACAACUACAGCACCCACUACCACUACAUCACCGUUAACAACUUUAGCAACAACUACAGCACCCACUACCAGUACAACACCCUCAACAACUUUAGCAACAAGUACAGCACCCACUACCACAACAUCUACAGCAGCCACUACCACUACAUCACCCUCAACAAUUUUAGCAACAACUACAGCACCCACGACCACUACAUUACCCUCAACAACUUUACCAACAACUACAGCACCCACUACCACUACAUUACCCUCAACAACAUUAGCAACAACUACAGCACCCACUACCACUACAUCACCCUUAACAACUUUACCAACAACUACAGCACCCACUACCAGUACAACACCCUCAACAUCUUUAGCAACAAGUACAGCACCCAUUACCAGUACAACACCCCCAACAACUUUAGCAACAACUACAGCAUCCACUACCACUACAACAACAUCCUCAACAACUUUAGCAACAACUACAGCACCCACUUCCACUACAUUACCCUCAACAACUUUAGCAAUAACUACAGCACCCACUAUCACUACAUUACUCUCAACAACCUUAGCAACAACUACAGCACCCACUACCAGUACAACACCCUCAACAACUUUAGCAACAAGUACAGCACCCACAACCAGUAAAACACCCUCCACAAUUUUGGCAACAACUACAGCACCCUCUACCACUACUUUACCCUCAACAACUUUAGCAACAACUACAGCAGCCACAACCACUUCAACAACACCCUCAACAACUACAGUACCCACUACCACUACAUUGCCCUCAACAACCUUAGCAACAGCUACAGCACCCACUUCCACUACAUCACCCUUAACAACUUUAGCAACAACUACAGCACCCACUGCCACUACAUUUCCCACAACAACUUUAGUAACAACUACAGCAGCCACAACCACUACAACAAAAACCUCAACAACUUUAGCUACAACUACAGCAGCCGCAACCACUACAUUACCCUCAACAACUUUAGCAACAACUACAGCACCAACUAUCACUUCAUUACCCUUAACAACUUUAGCAACAACUACAGCACCCACUACCACUACCUUACACUUAACAACUUUAGCAAAAAGUACAGCAUCCACUACCACUAUAAAACCAUCCUCAACAACUUUAGCAACAACUACAGCACCCACUACCACUACAUCACCCUCAGCAACUUUAGCAACAACUACAGCACCCACUACCACUACAUCACCCUCAACAACUUUAGCAACAACUACAGCAGCCACGACCACUACAACAACACCCUCAACAACUUUAGCAACAACUACAGCACCCACUACCACUACAUCACCCUUAACAACUUUAGCAACAACUACAGCACCCACUACCAGUACAACACCAUCAACAACUUUAGCAACAAUUACAGCACCCACUACCAGUACAACACCCUCAACAACUUUAGCAACAAUUACAGCAUCCAAUACCACUAUAAAACCAUCCUCAACAACUUUAGCAACAACUACAGCACCCACUACCACUACAUUACCCUCAACAACUUUAGCAACAUCUACAGCAGCCACUACCACUACAUCACCCUCAACAGUUUUAGCAUUAACUACAGCACCCACUACCACUACAUUGCCCUCAACAAGUUUAGCAACAACUACAGCAGCCACGACCACUACAACAAUACCCUCAACAACUUUACCUACAACUACAGCACCCACUACCACUACAUCACCCUCAACAACCUUAGCAACAACUACAGCACCCACUACCACUACAUCACCCUUAACAACUUUAGCAACAACUACAGCACCCACUACCAGUACAACACCCUCAACAACUUUAGCAACAAGUACAGCACCCAUUACCAGUACAACACCCCCAACAACUUUAGCAACAACUACAGCAUCCACUACCACUACAACAACAUCCUCAACAACUUUAGCAACAACUACAGCACCCACUACCACUACAUUACCCUCAACAACUUUAGCAAUAACUACAGCACCCGCUACCACUACAUUACCCUCAACAACUUUAGCAACAACUACAGUAGCCACAACCACUACAACAACACCAUCAACAACUACAGCACCCACUACCACUACAUUACCCUCAACAACCUUAGCAACAACUACAGCACCCACUACCACUACAUCACCCUUAACAACUGUAGCAUCAACUACAGCACCCACUACCAGUACAACACCCUCAACAACUUUAGCAACAACUACAGCACCCACUACCACCACAACCACUACAACAACACCCUCAACAACUACAGUACCCACUACCACUACAUUACCCCCAACAACCUUAGCAACAACUACAGCACCCACUUCCACUACAUCACCCUUAACAACUUUAGCAACAACUACAGCACCCACUACCACUACAUCACCCUUAACAACUUUAGCAACAACUACAGCACCCACUACCACUACAUCACCCUUAACAACUUUAGCAACAACUACAGCACCCACUACCAGUACAACACCCUCAACAACUUUAGCAGCAAUUACAGCACCCACUACCAGUACAACACCCUCAACAACUUUAGAAACAACUACAGCAUCCACUACCACUAUAAAACCAUCCUCAACAACUUUAGCAACAACUACAGCACCCACUACCACUACAUUACCCUCAUCAACUUUAGCAACAUCUACAGCAGCCAGUACCACUACAUCACCCUCAACAAUGUUAGCAUUAACUACAGCACCCACUACCACUACAUUACCCUCAACAACUUUAGCAACAACUACAGCAGCCACAACCACUACAACAACACCCUCAACAACUUUACCUACAACUACAGCACCCACUACCACUACAUCACCCUCAACAACCUUAGCAACAACUACAGCACCCACUACCACUACAUCACCCUUAACAACUUUACCAACAACUACAGCACCCACUACCAGUACAACACCCUCAACAACUUUAGCAACAAGUACAGCACCCAUUACCAGUACAACACCCCCAACAACUUUAGCAACAACUACAGCAUCCACUACCACUACAACAACAUCCUCAACAACUUUAGCAACAACUACAGCACCCACUACCACUACAUUACCCUCAACAACUUUAGCAAUAACUACAGCACCCGCUACCACUACAUUACCCUCAACAACUUUAGCAACAACUACAGCAGCCGCAACCACUACAACAACACCCUCAACAACUACAGCACCCACUAUCACUACAUUACCCUCAACAACCUUAGCAACAACUACAGCACCCACUACCACUACAUCACCCUUAACAACUUUAGCAACAAGUACAGCACCCACUACCAGUAAAACACCCUCAACAAUUUUAGCAACAACUGCAGCACCCACUACCACUACAUUACCCUCAACAACUUUUGCAACAACUACAGCAGCCACAACCACUACAACAACAACAACAACCUCAACAACUACAGUACCCACUACCACUACAUUACCCUCAACAACCUUAGCAACAACUACAGCACCCACUUCCACUACAUUACCCACAACUUUAGUAACAACUACAGCAUCCACAACCACUACAACAACACCCUCAACAACUUUAGCUACAACUACAGCAGCCGCAACCACUACAUUACCCUCAACAACCUUAGCAACAACUACAGCACCCACUACCACUUCAUUACCCUUAACAACUUUAGCAACAACCACAGCACCCACUACCAUUACAACAUCACCCUCAACAACUUUAGCUACAACUUCAGUGCCCACUACAUCACCCUCAACAACUUUAGCUAGAACUACAACACCCACUACCAUUGCAACUUUACCCUCAACAACUUUAGCAACAACUACAGCACCCACUGCCACUACACCAGCACCUUCAACAACUUUAGCAACAACUACAGCACCCACUAUCACUACAUUACCAUCAACAACCUUAGCAAUAACUACAGCACCCACCACCACUACAUCACCCUCAACAACUUUAGCUACAACUACAUCACCCAGUAGCACUAUAUCACCCUCAACAACUUCAGCAACAACUAAAGCACCCACUACAACAACAUCCUCAACAACUUUAGCAACAACUACAGCACCCACUAUCACAACAACAUCACUUUUAACAACAACUACAGCACCCACUACCACUACAUCACCCUCAACAACUUUAGCAACAUCUACAGCACCCACUACCACUACAUUACCCUCAACAUCUUUAUCAAAAACUACAGCACCCACUACCACUACAACAUCACCCUCAACAACUUUAGCUACAACUACAGCACCCGCUACCGCUUCAUCACCCUCAACAACUUUAGCAACAACUACAGCACCCACUACCACUACAACACCCUCAACAACUUUAGCUACAACUACAGUGCCCACUACAUCACCCUCAACAACUUUAGCUACAACUACAACACCCACUACCAUUACAACUUCACCCUCAACAACUUUAGCUACAACUACAGUGCCCACUACAUCAUCUUCAACAACUUUAGCCACAACUACAGCACCCACUACCACUACAUCACCCUCACCAACCUUAGCUACAACUACAGUGCCCACUACAUCACUCUCAACAACUUUAGCUACAACUACAACACCCACUACCACUACAACAUCACCCUCAACAAUGUUAGCAACAACUACGGCACCCACUACCACUCUACUACCUUCAACAACAUUAACUACAACUACAGCACCCACUACAUCAUCCUCAACAACUUUAGCUACAACUACAACACCCUCCACCACUUCAUCACCCUCAACAACUUUAGUUACAACUACAACACCCACUACCACUACAACAUUACCUCUAACAAAAGAAAUUGUAGAAGUUACAUUUUUGGAUGAUGAUGAUGAGUAAAAUGUGUCCUAGAUUGAUAAUACUGUACAUUUUCUAGAUACUUAUAUCAGUAAUGCCUGCAGACCAUAAAAUAUAAUGUAUAGUCCUGCAAAGUAUAGCAGUAAAAGCAUUAUGUAUAAUAACUGGAACAUUAUCAACAUUCCAUCAUAAUUUGGGUAUUCUAAACAUCAAGAAUCAACCACUGACCACUAAUAUAGAUAUUUUAGCCACUGGAAAACUUAAUUACACUUUUCUCAUCAUCUGUUAAUUCAGGGUAGGUCAAUGCAAUAGACCUAUGAGUGAAAACUGUGGUAAUAUCUGAUAUCAGCAUGUACAGAGUAUGAGGCAGAGUGUAGGAUGCAAGUCCAAAUGUGGACGGGUCCCACCGAUUCCACAACAGGCAUACAGUACAUACAUAUACACACAUAUGGACAGUGACCAAUCAUACUGAACUGACCCAUACCAUAGGAGAGCCAAGGGAGUAUCGUGGGUGUGUAAGGCUGACUUCCAUGCUCGUUUUUGGCGUGCUAACGGAAAUGUGAUGCCUGUUUCUGACUAUUCUCUUUCUCGCACCCAAUGGAGUGGCUGUAAAUAACAAUACUAAUUGUGAUGGCUGCAGCCAAAGACUCAAAACCAGUGGGCCACACGGCCUUCUGCAUGAAGAUGAUCAGUUUAUCGGCACAGACAGGCGGAUAAUCGCAUUAGUAUAGGUAUUAAGCAAGCUUCUGCGGCUGAACGGAUAAGAGACCACAGAUUCGUCCAACUCAGAAAGAUAUCUUAUACUCUCAUUCAAAGAUAUCAGGACAACCCUUGCCAUAAUUAUCCAACCGCCUUAUUCCAUCAAGCCACACCCUGGUUGAACCUGUCAAAAAAACUUAGUUUACCUCCUUUCAAAGACUUUAAGAGUGUGUUAUGAAGAACGGAUAUUUGAGUGCGUAGGGUGUCGGCAAUAAUAGAGCCAUCUACAUGUACAUUUUUAACUGAGAAACCAACAUAAUCACUUAAACAAUGUAACUGCAAUUCUGGAA